CAGUCUGGGCAGUGAUGAUGGCGGCGACGGCGGUUCCUGCGGCGGCUCCUGCGGCCGCGGCCGGCGCCUCCUCGGUGCACUGGUUCCGCAAGGGGCUGCGGCUCCACGACAACCCGGCGCUGCUGGCGGCCGUGCGCGGGGCGCGCUGCGUGCGCUGCGUUUACAUUCUCGACCCCUGGUUCGCGGCCUCCUCCUCAGUGGGGAUCAACCGAUGGAGGUUCCUCCUUCAGUCUCUAGAAGACUUGGACACGAGUUUAAGGAAGCUCAACUCCCGCCUGUUUGUGGUACGAGGACAGCCCGCUGACGUGUUCCCGAGACUGUUCAAGGAAUGGGGGGUGACCCGCUUGACCUUCGAAUACGACUCCGAACCCUUUGGGAAAGAACGGGAUGCGGCCAUCAUGAAGAUGGCCAAAGAGGCCGGUGUGGAGGUGGUGACCGAGAACUCGCACACCCUCUAUGACCUGGACAGGAUCAUUGAGCUGAACGGGCAGAAGCCGCCCCUCACCUACAAGCGCUUCCAGGCCAUCAUCAGCCGCAUGGAGCUGCCCAGGAAGCCCGUGGGCUCCGUGACGAGUGAGCAGAUGGAGAGCUGCAGGGCCGAGAUCCAGGACAACCACGAUGAGAGCUACGGCGUGCCCUCCCUGGAGGAGCUGGGAUUCCCCACGGAAGGACUCGGCCCAGCUGUGUGGCAAGGAGGAGAGACCGAGGCUCUGGCCCGCCUGGAUAAGCACUUGGAACGGAAGGCGUGGGUCGCCAACUACGAGCGCCCCCGAAUGAACGCCAACUCGCUGCUGGCCAGCCCCACGGGCCUCAGCCCCUACCUGCGCUUCGGUUGCCUCUCCUGCCGCCUCUUCUACUACCGCCUGUGGGACCUGUACAAAAAGGUGAAGCGGAACAGCACGCCACCCCUGUCCCUGUUCGGGCAACUCCUGUGGCGCGAGUUCUUCUACACAGCAGCCACCAACAACCCCAGAUUUGACCGCAUGGAGGGGAACCCCAUCUGUAUCCAGAUCCCAUGGGAUCGCAACCCCGAGGCCCUGGCCAAGUGGGCCGAGGGCAAGACAGGCUAUCCUUGGAUCGACGCCAUCAUGACCCAGCUGAGGCAGGAGGGCUGGAUCCACCACCUGGCCCGACACGCUGUGGCCUGCUUCCUCACCCGCGGGGACCUCUGGGUCAGCUGGGAGAGCGGGGUCCGGGUCUUUGAUGAACUGCUGCUGGACGCAGACUUUAGCGUGAAUGCGGGCAGCUGGAUGUGGCUGUCCUGCAGCGCUUUCUUCCAGCAGUUCUUCCACUGCUACUGUCCUGUGGGCUUCGGCCGCCGCACGGACCCCAGCGGAGACUACAUCAGGCGAUACCUGCCCAAAUUGAAGGGGUUCCCUUCUCGAUACAUCUACGAGCCCUGGAAUGCCCCGGAGUCUGUUCAGAAGGCGGCCAAGUGCAUCAUCGGCGUAGACUACCCCCGGCCCAUUGUCAACCACGCCGAGACCAGCCGGCUCAACAUUGAGCGGAUGAAACAGAUCUACCAGCAGCUGUCGCGAUACCGGGGCCUCUGCCUGCUGGCAUCUGUCCCCUCCUGCGUGGAAGACCUCAGCCAUCCUGUAGCCGAGCCCAGCUCAAGCCAGGCCGGGAACGUGAGCAGCACAGGCCCAAGACCACUGUCCAGUGGCCCAGCAUCCCCCAAACGCAAGCUGGAAGCUGCCGAGGAACCGCCUGGGGAGGAGCUGAGUAAACGGGCCCGCGUGGCAGAGGUGCCUGCUCCAGAGCUACCGAGCAAGGCCGUCUGAGACUGCAGCACCAUUGCUCCGGGAGCAAACCUGGGCGCCCAAGAAGGCCCCCCCCCCAUGGCAGCUGAGUGUGACCUGCACAGAAGCCAGUCGCCGACAGAGGCGGGCCGUGGACGCGUGUGUGUGUGUGUGUGUAUGCGCAUGUGCAGGGGAACAAGUGGUAUGCCUGUGUGUGUGCGCGUGAGUGUAUUGACACUGUGGAGCCUGGGCUAGAGGAGGAAUGCGAGGGCCAUGGCCCAGCCUCCAGACACAGGGCUAAGCCAUGGCUGGGACUUUGAGCCAAAACCUGCUGGAAAGCAGCUGCCUUGUCUGAGUAGCAAGAAUGGGGGGGCCCUUGCUACAACCCUGGCAUCUGCCUCCCCUGGUCUUCCUCCCACUUGACAUCAGACUGAGGAGUGUGGGAGCCACAGGAUUGGUUUCCUGAGGCAACCAGAGUCCGGCUGAGCCCCCACCAAGCCCCCCAGGUGGGCUGGGCACGGGAAUGCUGUUCAGACUCAGCCAUCACGCCUUUUAGUUUUAAAAGGUCCUGCAGACCCUCCCUUGCACAUCUGGCAUUGAGCACAAGGCUGUGGAACUAGAAAUUUCUGCCACGACACUCAGACACCCAGGCAGCAGGAUAAGUGCCAGUGUUAUGGGUGGUAGCCUGGUAGCCAAGGCCAGGAGCGAUAGCCAGUUCUCACAGUUCCUUCCAUGUUAGCAGUCAAGAGCCAGCCUUGAGCCUCCCCCGGAGCUGUGGGACAGCAAGGCUGAGGCCCCAUCCCUGCACCCCGCUCCUCUGGCCCCACUCCAGGACCUCACAGGACCGCUAGCCAGGGGAAGCCAUUCUGGUCUGUUCUACAGGCUUCCAGUGCCUGCCCCGGGCUGGUCCACAUCCAAGCUGCCAUGUCAGCUUGUCCUUGUGGCUGAGCUCCAAAGGCCUCCGGCAGAGAGACCCAGGCUUGGGGAGCACAGGGGCAGCAGGCACACCAGGCCUUGCAGAAACAUCUGGCAGGGGAAGUCUGACCCAAAGAAGCCAAGCCUUGCAUUCCUGGAGUGGCCUGCACCUCUACCUUCCCCCCUUCCCCACCCCCUCCUCCUACCUUAGGCCUGCGUGGACAAAGAUGUGAUGACAAAAGGGACAUGUUAGCAGAGUAAGUCUUCCUUCUACCCUGGCCUGCACUUGAGCCACCAGGAGUGUGUGUGUAUGUGCGUGUACAGGUGUGUGUACACAAAGCUGCGAGGCCAGUCCUCCUUGGGGGCCUCGGCCUCAUGUGUAACAUUAAGCUGGCCCUUGGGCCUCUUCCUCUCUACCUCCCCUGUGACCUUUUCCAGCCUCAGUGUUGCCACCUCCCUUGGCCCUGGCCGCGGCGCUCACUGUCCUGGGUCCUUGGACCCGAAUGCCUGCGGUCAGGCUCACAGCUUCCUCAGCCAUCCAGCGUGCUCACAGGCCUCUUCCAGAGAUGCUCCUCUGGAGGCCAGCUGUCACAUGUCUGUCACCCUCACUAGACAUGCUCCAUCGUCCUGUGGGGGCCUGUGUUCAGAGCAUUGUCCCCUGAGCCUCUCAGCCCCUCGUCAGGACUGACUGCUGGAAGAAGGAGAGCGGGACCUGUUUGAGAAAGCUGCAGGCUGAGGGCCACAUUUGGGGUUUCUAAAGCCGCCCCUCUGCAUGGCAGGGGGUCAUUCCUGCAGACUGGAUGAUGGCUUUCCCCCAGCUCCCUGCUGCCCCAGCCCUGGCCUGCAGGCCCAUGCCCAUGGCAGCCUUCCAGGGCAGUGGAGGGGUGGGAAAGGGUGAGCAAAGGCUGGCGGCCUGGGACACCAUGGAGUGUUUGUAACCCCUCUCUCUGCCCACCACCGGGCCAGGCUUGCCAACCUGGCCUGAAGGCCAGCAAGGGGAAGAAAUGGUCGCAGACAAGACGCACUUUGGAGAGCUUCGCCAGGAAGUCAUGUUUCUCCCACAGUUUGCUUGUGAUUCUUCACUGUUUUAUAAACAUCUGACUCUGUCU